AUGGCAGCAGUAUCACUACACCCUGUAGCUUCUCGUGGCGGAGAGCAGUCAGCAACCGUCGUCUCGCUUCAACUGGGUGUCCCUAGCGCCGGCGAUGAGAAUCGACCGUCAGACCACUCAAUCGCCGAUGAUGCUCAGCCUUCGUCUACAUCCGCUGAGCCUCUCGCCCUUCCGACCGUCGAUGAAGCGCACGAAUGGGGCCUUCAGCAUCGGGAUCUCAGUCUAUAUCCAGUGCUAGAUGAGCUCUGUCUCGAACAAGAGCGCAACGAGGGCUCAUCAAUCUCGGGGCCCUCUGCUCGUCCGGGCCACACUAGUCGUGAAUGCGCUGAUCGCACCUCCAUUCGCGCAUUGAGCGCUUCGCAGCUCGCAUCCCUCCACGAUGCUUACGUCCACCUCGAUGUGCCCCAUCACGUCGUCUUUCCCUUCCUGCACGGUGUUGACGGCAACAACGCUGCGCAAAACGCAUUCUUUGGCGCACCUCCCAGUGGUCAGCCGACUCCAAACUACCGUGGGUUGACUAUCAUUCGAGCGGACAUGCCUACACCGGAACAGGCCAAAGCGAUGCAGCGCAGGCGCGCGUCUUCUUCUGCUUCUGGAUUGGCACUGCGUCGCGCUUCCGGCCGUCCUCGCUCUGGCUCAAUGGGCGUGCUGACGAUGAGUGUCGGACACGAGAGUCCCGACGAGACUAGUCCAUGCGGUAGCGCUUCAAGUAGCAACAAUAGCAGCGACGACGGUAUUUCGGAUCGAAACGCGCCUUCUGCGGCAAAUCGCACCCAGCUCGGCCAUUCUGGCUCCAGUACGUCAGUUUCGUCGUCGCUGAUCUCCUCGGACAUGUCUUCGCUGUUCUCAACUGCUGCAGAAAGCGACGAGGGCUCGGAAAUGACAAGCGCGAGCAUUGCCUGGCCGCCUUCUGAUGGACCAUGUCAAUCAGUCUCUGCCACUCAGCACGCCAAAUUCGAUUCCACCUCACCGCCAUGGGAGUCGAGCACCGCUGGUCCAGGCAAGCAGCGUCCUUUGCAAGAAUAUUCGCCUCAACCAAUACACAGUUGGCUGAACGCUUCCGUCCUGCCGAGCCAGGUGAUUGUGCCGCCGUCUCACUCGCAUGCAGAAGACCAGGACGAGGACCUCGCUCGCUUCGUCGAGCCAAAGCAAGCGCCAGGUGUCAGCCUCCGCAAUUUCCGCAUACAGUGCGCCAGAUACGCCACCAUCUCCGACAUCGCCGUGUAUUGUCCGGCUGGCCUGCAUGACGGUGUACUUCAAUUAGCAAGGUGGAUACGAGACGCCCAGGAGCAAAUGUACGAGGAACGCAUGAUACUCGGACUCGGUAGCUUGAAGUACAACGUCUUUGUCGUGACUGACCCCUUUCUAGCCUUUGAGCGCUCUCACCAACACCUGGUGGCAGUGGACAGUAAAGGGAUUCGACGGCAUCACGUCGAGUUCAGUGAGCGCGAGCGCGAAGAGAUGCAGCGCCUUACAGCAGCAAGCGAAAUUGACGAUCACGUCUGGAUGGGCUCCACCGCCGACGUUCCCCUGCCCAAGCCCGAAAAUGCAGGGCCGUAUCAGCUUGACGGAGUCGACCAUGCUGGAAGAAGACCGCAGGAGUCGAAUCCCCUAGGCUUUGCAGUGUGCAUCGAAGCGCAUGACGGCGCAGAGAUCCCACAACCGACAAAGUUGAGCUACGCAUCGCACCUUCUCGACAGCAUGGAAGCUACCGCUGCAUUCGAACACGACAGCAAGCAAGCUCUCCGCGAUCUCGAAGAGGACGAUGCGCUCGAAGCACCCGCUCCUGCUGCCGAGCGACCUUCAGUCUCUCUUGGUCCCUCUGGCUGGACGCCGAGUGCCAUCAGUCGCAUUUGCAGAAGUGGUGGACGUCGCAUGCUAUCUCCAAGCAAAGACGGCUUUGGUCACGACAGGUCGUCGAGUCCACAGCCCACUACACCCAGCAAUAUGCAACUGUUCAUAGCUCCGGAUAACGUCAUCCAUCUGGAGCUACCGUCGUCAAAGACGAGCUUCGAGUCUGGCGCCCAAGGCAGAGGCCUUGAAUGCGCCGUGGAGGGAAUCUUGAACCUGUGCGCUUGGAUCAAGAGGCAAGCUCAGCCUCACGACAAGCAGUGGCCGACUAGUCAUGUGCCAAACGGCUCGACUUUUGUGCAUGGAGCACUCCGUGGGCACGGCUCGCGCACCUCCAGUGGUGCUCAUCCCUCUCUUAUGCAGUCGACAACGCAGCAGCUUCCUCGACGCGUUUUGCUCCACUGUGGAGAUGGAUACACCGAAACGUCCAUUCUUGCACUCGCCUACCUCAUGUAUGCGCGCGAGCUGUCCCUGCCAGAUGCGUACCUCGAUCUGCAGCAGCGCUGUGGACGCUCCUUCUUCGUCUACGGUCGCGACCUGCCUUUCCUGAAGCUGAUCGAAGACCGCAUCGUCGCACAACGCGACUCCAUACGCAGACAACGAGAGGAGCGCGAUCGCGAGAUGAUGAACCGAUCCACUUCACCGUCCAUUCGUUCGCCAAAGGGCAGGCAUGCAUUCAGUUGGGGACUCGCUCACGAUGAAAGCGGGCCUAAGAGAUCGGCGAAUGGCUCACGCCGAGGUAGCAGCAAUCGUCGUGAUUCCUCCAAUGCAGGCGCAGACGACGGCCACUCGGGCAGCGCCGUAGAGCAGAGCGUCUGGGCGCGUGGGCUGGCUGCAGCCUCUGGCUUCGUGUCCAGUUCUCAUGCUGCAGCCAGCGUUCGCAAAGCGCCCUCGACUCCUUCACUUAGCCCUCAAUCUCCUUCGCCGGAAGUACGCAACCGCACGCCAACACCACGGUCUCCCAGCACUCCACGAAGCCCUGAGAAGCACGCUCGUCACUCGAACAAUUCGCGAACGCCAGCUGCAGCACCCUCGGUCGACCAUCGCUGGUUCUACGACGGUCGCUUCGAGGGUUCUUUCCCUUCUCGCAUCCUUCCCUUUCUCUACCUAGGCAAUCUGAACCACGCCCUCAACCCCUCCAUGCUGCACGCCCUCGGUAUCACUCAUGUGGUGUCCGUAGGCGAAACGGCGCUGAAUCCACCGUGGGCAGAGGUUAACGCGACCGUCGACGAUCGUGGCACAUCUAUGGGAGCGGCGAUGCCUUCUUUACCUGAGCAGCAAAACUCACUUUGGCACGAAGAGCGCGCUGGUCGCAUUUCGGUCUUGGAUCUCAAGAAUGUCUCGGAUGAUGGGAUUGAUCCGCUCCGAUCAGCCAUGCGCGAAGCAGUCGAGUACAUUGAAAGUGCCAGGAGAUCUGGAGGCGCAGUCCUUGUGCACUGCCGCGUUGGAGUCAGUCGCAGCUCUACAAUCGUCUUGGCGUACGUCAUGGCACACCUGGAUCUGAAUUUGGUGGAAUCCUACUUGCUGGUGCGCUCGAGGCGCCUCAACAUCUUGAUCCAGCCCCACCUCUUGUUCUUUUGGGAGCUGCGCGGCUGGGAGACCUACUUGGCCCGACAGAAAGCGAAAAGGAUCGCACUUCUAUCGCGCAGCAAAGGCAAUUCGCCUGAAGAGCCCAUUGAUCCGCGCCUACUUGAUUCGCUCUCCAAGAUCGAAUUUGACACUGCAAACUCGCCAAUGAUGGGCAAAGAUGAGCAUUCUCAGGCAGCGAGGGGUGACUCUGAGGUCCAUCCCGCGGUGCGCGAUGCUUUCGAUCUGGAUGUCGAUCUUGCAGCAGGUGCCGGAAGCAUUCACCACAACCCCGAAGGCAUCAACCCUCAGACGGCCGCUGUCAUGCCAUUCGGAGCCGGCAGUCCGAGCGGCAUCCCGGCUACUGCUCUACGGCUCACAUGGGGCUACUUGUGCCACGAAAUCACCUAUCUCAAUGAACGCUAUUUCAUCUAA